CUCCGCAUCCCCUCUUGCUACCCUUGAACUCAUACUUUUUGUCAAGUGUCAACAUGGACGACGAAGAUGCCCCACCCCAGCUGGUCGAUGUCUCCACCGCCCCCGACCUUGCGCCAUCGACGUCAGUGGACACGCCGGCUCAGAGCCGCGUGCCCAUCACGCUUGUGACUGGCUAUCUCGGAGCCGGCAAGACCACGCUGUUGAACUAUAUCCUCACCGAAAAGCAUGGCAAGAAGAUUGCCGUGAUCAUGAACGAAUUCGGAGACUCAACCGACAUCGAGAAGCCCCUAACCGUCAACCAAGACGGUCAAGAAGUGACCGAAUGGAUGGAAGUCGGCAACGGCUGCAUCUGCUGCUCCGUCAAAGACAACGGCGUCAUGGCCAUCGAAUCCCUCAUGGAACGCCGCGGCGCAUUCGACUACAUCCUGCUUGAAACCACCGGUCUCGCCGACCCCGGCAACAUCGCCCCGGUCUUCUGGGUCGACGACAACCUCGGCAGCAGCAUCUACCUCGACGGUAUCGUAACGCUCGUCGACGCCAAAAACAUCCUCCAUCUCUUGGACGAGCCCACCCUGGAAGAAACCGUCUCCAGCCAUGGAGCCGACGCUGACGCUGACACUGACUCGCACUCGCACUCGCACUCCGGCCCCGUCCUCUCCAUGGCCCACAUGCAAAUCUCCCACGCCGACGUAAUCAUCCUCAACAAAGCCGACCUCGUCACGCAGGACGAACUCGCCCGUGUCAAAGACCGCGUCACAGCCAUCAACAACGCCGCCAAAAUCCACAUCACAGACCACAGCAAGACCCCAAAGAUCGAAGGCGUAGUGCUCGAUCUGCACGCAUACGAUCAUCUCGAUAGUCUCGAUUUCGCUCAAAAAGGUCAUAGUCAUCUUGAUCCGGCCAUCUCCACCAUCGCAAUCACCACCCCACCCAUCACCCCCUCCCAAGUCACCCACAUCGACACCUGGCUCCAAUCCGUCCUCUGGGACUCCAUCAUGCCCCUCGCAUCGGAAGUAUCCGGGCCCAGCAGCUUCGACAUCCACCGCCUAAAAGGCAUCCUGGUGCUGAAUGACGGAUCAACCAAGAUUAUCCAAGCGGUACGAGACGUGUUCGAAAUCCGGGAUUCAGAACCCGCCCAGGAUGCAAAGACGCAGUGUAAGGUUGUUUUGAUUGGACGGGGGCUGGGCGGGGAUGCGGGGCCGUGGCAGAGGAGUUUUGAGGAGGUUUUGGUGCGUGGAUAGAUGGGGUUGUUAUGAUUGUGAUGAUGUUGAUGACGAUGAUGAUGAAUGAUGAAGAGGAGAAGAUGGAAAGUACGGUGAUGUAAAAUUAAAUGAGAAACUAGAGGAUAUUCUAAACCUAAUCGAGGCUGAACGUGUAGGG